AUGGAUAAUUUGAGGGGAUGGCCGGAGCAUACGCAACUGCUCACCGCGAUUCACAGGGUAGAGCCGCAGGAAGUCUAUAAUACAGUAAAGCAGCUAGCGUUAAGCAUAGAGCAAUCAAAGGAAAUGCUCGACGGCGGAAACGAAAUUAAGAGGUACAAUUGGAAAAAGAGGUAUCAGUUCCAUGAGCACAGUGGGAAAGAACUACAAGAGCCAGACGAACAAAGGACAAUAACUGUGAACAGCAGGACAGAUAUGAGUAGAUGUGUGGAAGUGGAUCAAAAUAGAGCUACAAGAGGGGUGGCAUGGAGAAAAACAAGCGGUUCUGGGAAGCCGGGUUGUCAAGAAAAGCUCUAUACAGGGCUUGGAAGGCCUGAGAAAAGAGGAGGCACGGAUCAGAGAAGAUGUUUCAAUUGUAGAAGAUAUGGACAUAUUGGGAGAGAGUGUCCGUAUAAGCGCACGCAAGUAAACCAGAUUGAGAAAACUAAGGGGUUCCUGCAAAACGGAAAACAGGAUAACCUGACCGAAGUGAUAGGUAAAGCGACGAGCCUAGGACUUAAGGUACCAGCUAUACUGGACACAGGGUCGAUGAUUAGCAUUGUUCCUGUGGGGGUGCUGGCACGCGCGAAGAAGGCAGGCUAUGACGUAGAUGUUUUAGAGAUGAUAUCCGACAGAAAGUUAAACCCGGUAUAUGACGCCUCGACCAACAAGAUGAGCUUCCUGGGAGCUGUUAAAGUCCUUGUAAAAUUAGAAGGGGGAAAGAAGAGCAUAGUAGCAUUCCACAUAUCGGAUGUCAAGGAUGAUGAUGUACUGAUCACCACGAAUGCAUUGGCAGCUUUGGGAGUCGAUAUAAUACUCAAAACGGAGGAAAUGCAACAGGAUGUGCUCGACGGGAAAAGAGUAGUAGCAACAAAGCGGGUGUACAUUCCUCCACGUAACUCAAUACUAGUGCCGGCGCGAUGUGAAGGAGGCAGUGAACUAGAAGAGAGGGUAGUGCGGCCAAGUAGGAAGGACCUACCCGUCGGGGUGUUCACAGUGAAGAAUCAGGAACUGGACAUCCCAGUCAUGAACACCAUGGAGAAGCCAAUGAUUAUUAAAGAAGGAGAGGAGCUAGGACAAUGGGGAACAGAGAAGUGGAAAAGUAAGUGGGAAGAAAUGAAUCCACUAAUGAUGGACAGUGAGAUACCUCGAUAG